UGGAGGCUGGCUGCUCUGAGGAACAGACCAGGGUUACUCCAUCAGAUCCAGCAGGCACUGAUAUGAAGUGGUAUACUGUAGCUUACUCAUUUGAGUGACAGUGAGACCCUAGUUAGGACCCUGCUGGGCAGAGAGAUAGCAGCUCACCAGACUUAUCUCUCACUCCCACAACACACCAACUGACGUCCCCCCAGCAACCACUACAGACCCUGUGGUAGGACGAAGAAGGACUUACUUCUUUAAGCUCACCCACUCACAGAGUCCUCUCAAUCCUGGUUAUCAAAUGCAUUCAGCGUCAUCAUGGUCCACAAGACGGAAGUAAAAAUUGAAAAAAAGAAGAUGGGAAUGAGGAUUUUAAGUGAAGUACAGAGAACAGCAGAACUACUCUCUCAGAGGACUCACAAGACGAACAGAACAAUGAUUGUGGUUUUUCUGCUCUGUGUUGUUGCAGGUAUUCCAGCAGUAGGCCAAACUCUAGAUGUGUGUGCCACCUGCCACGCUAACGCCACAUGUGACAACAAAUCAGACAGCUCUGGCAAAGUUUGUAACUGCAAGUACGGGUUUGUUGGAAAUGGCAGAACCUUCUGUCAAGAUAAAGAUGAGUGCCAGAUAGGAGCCAGUAAGAUCUGUGGGCAGCACACCACAUGCCACAACACAUAUGGCAGCUACUACUGUACCUGCCUGUCUGGCUACAGUCCUUCUAACAACAUGGCCAUCUUUAUCCCAAAUGAUGGAACCCAUUGCCAGGACAUUGACGAGUGCAGGAUCACAAACCUGUGUGGAGAGGGAGGUCAGUGCAGGAACCUUGACGGCAGUUUUGAGUGCAGCUGUCAGCUGGGAUACCAAGUCCACAAUGGAGUUGAGCCUUUUCAUCCUCAAAGAGACAAAGCUUUCUGCAAAGUGGUUGACUGUGGCCCACCUGCCUCAGUGGAGGACACAGUGCUGUUGUCAGUCACAGGGACCACAUAUGGCAAUGUAGCCACAUUUGCCUGUGAUGAAGGCUUCAUUUGGGCGAGAGGCGACAACACCUCUGUGUGUGGAGUUAAUGGACUGUGGAGAGGACUAACGAUGGUCUGUGAAGAGGUUGACUGUGGCUCUCCCCCUGCCAUCCCUCACUCUCAUAUGCUGUGGAAUAACAGCUCAAGGAUGGGCACUGAGGUGGUUUAUCAGUGUAACUCUGGCUAUCAUAAUGUUGGAAAGGGAAAUGUCUCCAUUUGUAUUGCUAUGGGACAGUGGGAAGAGCCGUCUGUGCUCUGCCAAGAGACUUUGUGUGGAAGUCCUCCUAUAAGUGAAUCCACUGAGCAGGUGUGGGACGGUAACACAGCUCCUGGCAGCACUGUGCUCUAUUUCUGUAAACAGGGCUUUUUGAACAAAGGAGGACAUAAUGUAUCAGUCUGUAAUGAAAACGGUCAGUGGACACCUCCAUCUCUGUCAUGCCAAGAGAUAUUAUGUGGGGAUCCUCCUAUACUGCCCCACACAGGGCAAGUGUGGAAUGGCAGCUCCACCAUUGGAAGUACAGUGACUUACUACUGUAAAACAGGAUUUUAUCACAGUGAAGGAAAUAAUGCAUCACAGUGCACAAUUAAUGGUUACUGGACAAAGCCAAACAUCACAUGCCUAGAAGUUCAAUGCGGUGUGCCCCCACCCAUCCCUCACUCUGUCAUGCUGUGGGAUAAAAUUUCCACUGUGGGCUCUCAAGUUGUUUAUCAGUGUAAAUCUGGAUAUCACAGUGUUGGAGGGGGAAAUGUAUCAGUUUGCACUGCCAGUGGAGGAUGGGAUGAGGCAUCUAUGCUCUGUCAAGAAAUCAGUUGUCAAGAGCCUGUUUUUAAACCUCAUUCUAAAAUACUAUGGGAUGGCAGAUCACACAUUGGCAGCGUGGUGUCCUACCAAUGUGAUGAAGGAUAUCGCACCAGAGGCCAGAAAAACUACUCAAUAUGUGGAGAGAAUGGCCAGUGGGAGAAUAUUGAUCUAUGGUGUGAAGAAAUAAGCUGUGGUCCCCCACUAAUCCUUCCCCAUACUAACCUCCUGUGGGACCACACCAGCAGACCGGGAAGCGUGGUGUUGUAUGAGUGUAUGGAUGGAUUUUACCUGACGAGUGGAAAUAAUUUGUCAGUAUGUUCAAUAUCAGGAGAGUGGGGGAAAAUAUCUGCAAAGUGCCGAGCUAAAUGUGGCCCAGUUCCCUUCCUUGCCAACUCAGAGGUUGUGUGGCAUAACAGAAGUGUAGUGAUUCACCGCUGUGUGGACGGAUAUCACAGCUGGAGGGGCAGCAAUGUCUCUGUGUGUGGUAUGUCUGGGAUGUGGCAGAAAGCUACUCUAACAUGCAUAGAAAUAAAGCCACCUAUCAAUCACCUAUAUGUUCUCAAUGAAAAAUGUGUGCAUUGGAGAGCAGAGAAGUAUGAGGAGGAUACAGAGGUUUACAAGGUGACAUACAUAGGGUCAAGAGACUACCAGAGGUCUUUUCAUGAUAAAAGGAAGCAGUUUCUGAGCUCCAAGGCUGAUCAGUUGGAUCUCUGUCUCAACCUGCUUCCAGUCACAAACUACAGCAUCUCCAUCACUGCAGUGUCUGCCAGAUUCACAGCCACCAUCACCACUAACACCAGUUUACCAGUGCCUCCAGCACCAGUUGUUUACUACAGAGAAUUUGAGACUCCUGUACCAACUUUGAGGCUACGCAGAUCAGCCAACACGCUGGACCCAAUAAGUUUGUACCAAGUGUAUGUGCUUCCUGUAGAGGAGAUUAUAGUGUUUGAUUGUUCCUCUCCUGGACUCUCAGACCCCUCAAGCAAAAGUAAAUCCUCCUCUGAGUAUAUCACUGCCCAGAUCCACGUCAGAGAAGUCAGAACAGAGAUGAACUUUACUGUUGGGGAUGGACUUCACUAUGGAGGCUUCUAUAAUGCACCUCUGGAGAAUGGCAGAAACUAUUAUAUCAUCUUACGAGCUGUCAGUCAGUGGAAAACAGAUUUAAAAAGUUCCUGUGUCCUGUGGGCUGAAAUAAAAGGUACAUCCUAUGUUCUGAGGGUUUCACUGCUGUCUACUGCUGUAUCAGUAGGACUAGUUGCCUUGGUCAUUUUGGGUGGAUACAGCUGCACCUGGUAUUUCAAGAAGACAUGACACCCCUUAAUGCUAACCUAUUUUCUACUUGUAAUUUUUAGCAUUUUGUAAAUAACUAUAAUAAACCUUUUCUCUACCUUUCA